AUGGAUGUCGGCAAAGUCGAGCCUCUGUAUGAAGUGCGAACCCCAGAAAUCGAAGAGCACGACGAUACCCCUACAGAAGAAGAUCUCAAGACCCUGCGUCGCGUUUCUGGCAAGAUUAAGUGGGCCGCUUAUACCGUCGCCUUCGCUGAACUAGCGGAGCGUUUCUCUUAUUAUGGAAGCUCUAUUCUUUACACCAAUUUUGUGCAAUGGCCUCUACCUGAAGGGUCAAGGACAGGUGCUGGUGGUCUUCAUGGCCAACCUGGAGCACUUGGUAUGGGACAGAGUGCAGCACAAGGUAUCAGCUUGUUUAACCAGUUCUUUGCCUAUUUCAUGCCUCUAGUAGGAGGCUACGUGGCCGAUGCACACCUCGGUCGUUACAAGACUAUCCACAUCGCCAUCGUUAUUGGCAUCGUUGCUCACAUAAUCCUGGUGGCCGCGUCUGCACCCGAUGUUAUCAUCCACAAAACUGGAGCUACUGCCGCCUUCAUCAUCGGCCUUCUCACCCUCUGCGUCGGUACUGGUUUCUUUAAAGCUAACAUCUCGCCACUACUUGCUGAGCAGAACACUGAUCUUCGAAUGCGUGUUGAAACCCUUGCGAGCGGCGAGAGAGUGAUCGUUGACCCGUCGGUUACCAAUUCCAGGAUUUUCCUCUAUUUCUACUUCUGUGUCAACAUUGGCUCCCUUACCGGACAGAUCUCCAUGGUCUACGUCGAGAAGUUUCAUAGCUUUUGGUUAGCUUUCCUGCUGCCGACCAUACUUUUCCUGGCAGCUCCGGUUGUUCUCUUCCUAAACCGCAAAAACUACAUUCUAAGCCCGCCUACUGGCUCUAUCUUGUCUAAGUUUCUCCACAUGCUUGGUUUCACCUGGAAAAAUCGGCAAGGGAAGUUCAAUUGGGACGUUGCGAAGCCGUCUAAUGUCCCUGUCGAGCAGCGCCCUGCUUGGAUGACAUAUGAUGAUGCAUGGGUAGAAGAGGUUAAGCGUGGUCUCAGUGCUUGCAAGGUCUUUCUCUUCUUGCCUCUCUUCUUUCUAGCAUACAAUCAGAUGACUGGAAACUUGACGUCCCAAGCUGCGACUCUUCAAUUGGGUGGAGUGCCGAACGAUAUCAUCCAGAAUCUGAACCCAAUCUCAAUAGUCAUCAUGAUCCCAAUCCUGGACCAUGUCAUCUACCCUGGCUUCCGCAAGAUGGGCUUCGCCUUUACCCCGAUCAAACGUAUGACGGUCGGCUUCUUCUUUGCUACUGGAUCCAUGGUCGCCGCGGCAGUCAUGCAACACUACAUCUAUGCGAAAUCGCCUUGUGGAAAACAUGCAUCGGACCCAGACUGUAUAGAAGAGUUUGGCAAGGCUGACAUUAGUGUUUGGGCCCAGGUCCUGCCUUACAUUUUCAUCGGUAUUGCCGAGAUCUUCACCAACGUUACCUCGCUCGAAUAUGCCUACGCCAAAGCUCCCGCAAACAUGAAAUCUAUGGUCAUGUCUAUCAACCUCUUCAUGAGCGCAUUUGCCUCUGCCAUCGGACAAGCAUUCACACCUCUUUCUGAAGAUCCACUGCUCGUUUGGAACUAUACUAUCAUCACCAUCCUUGCAUUCUUAGGCGGUGUGGGAUUCUGGUUCUGCUUCCGUCACCUGGACGCCAACGAAGACAAAUUGAAUAUGCUGGAGAGGUCAGCGAUGCAGGGCAAGAACACUGUCGUUGAGCCCAAGGACUCCGAAGCUCAGCUCCAGCAUGUUCACGAACAGAAGGCCUAG